AUGUAUAUAGAGAGUUCCUUUAUAUGGUACUUAGGUGACAUUUUAGAACCGUUAGAUCCAUUACGAUCACUUCAUUUAGCAUCUCCACCAUUUUCAUUAGAAAAUCUUGUGCUAUCUGAACGGAUGCUUAAUGAACAAGCAAGAAACUCCUGCAAAAAGAAAUUUAUAUCUGAAGUAGACAAUUCGGAGACUAUGUUUAAUAACUACGACUCCAGGCUCCACGAUGCCGGCUCCUACCGUCAGCGCCGAAGUGAUUUAAUGGGACAACCGCCAUUUGCAAUUCCACCACCUAUUCCACCAAGCUAUGGUCGUGGGGGGCCAUCUCCGUAUGGAGGUAUUCCAGCGGCACAUCAUUCUAUGGGGGAUGGUGAAAGAAUUGGAAGAGGCGGUGUUGGUACUUUUAGUGGGAAUUCUGCUUUUGAGCAUGGUGUUGAAAGAGGGUUUGAUGUCACCCGUGGUGGCAGUCUAAGUGGCCGUGGUGGAGGAUUUAACUAUGGUGCAAUUGGAGACAGGAGUGAUGGAAGAAGUCAUGAAGGUGGCAGAGGAGGUGGUGUUGCGGGGAGGGGUAUUGAUUUGGGUCACGGCGGAGGUAGAAGGGGUAGAGCUGGGAAUUUUGGCGGUGGGCGUACUGGAGGUAGGAGCAGUUUUUAUGGAGGUCGUGGUGGCAGUGAUUGGAGAGGGAGUAGGCCUACAGAUGACUUAGAUAACAUUGCUCUUCCCAGGCAAGAUUUUGGUAAUUUGGUUCCUUUUAGAAAGGACUUUUAUGUUGAGAGCCCAUCUGUGAGUGCAAUGACCAAUCAAGAGGUUGCAAUGUACCGAGCUAGGCGGGAUAUUACUGUUCAAGGCAAUGAUAUUCCCAAACCAGUCCGGAUAUUUCAAGAAGCAAGUUUUCCUGGGGUCGAAAUUGUGAUUGCUACUCCUGGAAGAUUGAUAGACAUGCUGGAAUCUCAACAUACAAACCUGAGAAGGGUGACUUACCUUGUGUUGGAUGAGGCUGAUCGCAUGCUGGAUAUGGGAUUUGAACCUCAAAUCAGGAAAAUUAUUUCCCAGGUUAUUAUUGGGUCUCCAGAUCUGAAAGCAAAUCAAUCUAUACAACAAGUUGUUGAAAUUAUGACAGAUUUGGAGAAAUAUAACAGAAACCCUAACCCUAAAUCCUCCUACCUGCACGCUGCUGCUCCCACUCCGAAGAAAAUGACGACCUCAUUGAAGAAACACCGGAAGAAGCGCGGCCACGUGAGCGCCGGUCACGGCCGUAUCGGAAAACACCGAAAGCAUCCCGCAGGCCGAGGUAACGCUGGAGGAAUGCAUCACCACCGUAUUCUCUUCGACAAGUACCAUCCCGGCUACUUUGGUAAAGUCGGCAUGAGGUACUUCCACAAGCUCCGCAACAAGUUCUUCUGUCCCACUGUCAACAUCGACAAAAUAUGGUCACUCGUCCCUCCCGAAGUGAAGGCCCAGGCCGAGAAGAGCAAGGAAUCAGCUCCGGUGAUUGAUGUGACUCAGUUUGGGUACUUUAAGGUUCUGGGUAAGGGUGUUCUUCCCCCGAGUCAGCCAGUUGUGGUGAAAGCCAAGCUCGUGUCGAAGAUUGCUGAGAAGAAGAUUAAAGAAGCAGGUGGUGCUGUCGUCCUCACCGCUUAA